AUGUACAAGGUCGUCAUCCUGCCGACGCUACUGUAUGGAGCGGAGACGUGGACGGUGUACACGAGGCAGGCACGCCGUCUGAACCACUUCCACCUCAGUUGCCUUAGUCGCAUCCUGAGGCUGAACUGGCAGGAUCGCAUCCCCGACACUGAUGUGCUGGAACGGACGGCAAUCGUCACCAUCUACACCAUGCUGAGACAAAUGCAGCUGCGCCGGAGCGGUCACCUGGUGCGCAUGGACGACGAGCGACUACCCAAACGACUCUUCUACGGAGACGUCGCGACGGGUUCUCGCCGUCAAGGAGGCCAAAUUCGCCGUUACAAGGAUACCCUGAAAUCCUCCCUGAAGCGCCUGCAAAUCAACUCGACCAACUGGGAAGAGCUAGCACACGAUCGUCCGACCUGGAGGAGAACAGUGAAGACGGACGCUGCUAUAUGCGAAGCCAAUCGCAUUGCUGCCGCCAGAGCGAAACGCGAAGCCCGUAAAUCCCAACUGUGCUUAGUACGCAUCGCCGCCGCACAACCGCUUCCAACGUGUCCUCGAUGUCAACGGACAUUCCGGGCUCGAAUCGGACUUGUUGAACAUCUUCGGAUCAACUGCGCCUCUCGAACUGCACCAACCAUCGUCCCUCCACCCGUCUCUUCCUCGUCCUCUCUGCUGCCAACUAACUCUGACAAUUCUUCUGAACCACUAAUUCCAUCCUCCUCCUCCUCCUCCUCCUCCUACUCCUCCUCCUCCUCCUCAUCCUCCUCCUCCACCACUGCCCCAACGGCGGCCGCUCAGGCGGCCGUCUCGCACAUCAUCAACCGCGACACAACAACAGACACCACCCCCACCUCUCCCGACUCCAGCGAUGAGGAUCAAGACAACACCUGCCCUCACUGCGACCGCAUCUUCACCUCGCACAUCGGCCUGAUCGGUCACUUGCGAAUCCAUCGCACAGAGACGGGUGAGCCAGUGCCUGGAGCACCAACCUACACCCAUCGCACUCGCCUCCACUGCCCACACUGCCCUCGCACCUUCACGCAUCGCAUGGGUCUAUUCGGCCAAAUGCGCAUUCACGAGAGCGGAAUUGACCACAAUUCCGACACACCCACCACAUCCAACACAUCCACCAUGCCCAGCACCACCCUCGCUCCAUCGCCACACGCGCCCAUCACCACCACCACCACCACCGCUUCCUCUACAGCUGACAGCGACAACGUCGACCUCUCAUGCCCACACUGCCCACGCACGUUCACCUCACGCAUCGGCCUGGUCGGUCACUUGCGAAUCCGUCGCACAGAGACUGGCGAACCAGUGCCUGGAGCACCAACCUACAGCCACAACGCUCGUCUCAACUGCCCACAUUGCCCUCGCACCUUCAGGCCUCACAUGGGCCUACUCGGUCACAUGCGCAUCCACAACGACCUGCGGUAG